AUGCCACGCCUGACCGUAUCGACCUGCUCGCUGAAUCAAUGGGCUCUCGACUUUGACGGGAACCGCGACCGCAUCGUGCGCUCGAUCGAGCGCGCAAAGGCGGCGGGCAGCACGCUCCGUAUUGGUCCCGAACUCGAGAUCCCCGGCUACGGCUGCUACGACCACUUUCUAGAGAGCGACACCGAGCUGCACUCAUGGCAGGUCCUCGCCGAGAUCUUGCAGUCUAAUCUCACCGACGGGAUCCUCUGUGACGUCGGCAUGCCAGUGUCGCACCGCUCCGUCCUGUACAACUGCCGCAUCGCGGUGAUGCAUCGGCGCAUCUUGCACAUCCGCCCGAAAAUCUGGCUCGCCAAUGAUGGCAACUACCGCGAAAUGCGCUUCUUCACGCCAUGGACGCGCAUCGGCGAGACAGAAUCGUACGAUUUGCCAGAUAUCAUUCGCGAAACGACCGGGCAAACGCAUGUGCCCAUCGGCGAUGCCCUCCUGCAGGCGCCCGAUACGGUCCUGGGCGUCGAGCUGUGUGAGGAGCUGUUCACGGGCGCCUCGCCUCACAUCGCACAUGCUCUGCACGGCGCCGACAUCAUCCUCAACUCGAGUGGAAGUCACCACGAGCUCCGAAAACUACAUCGCCGCAUCGAACUGAUCCGGGAGGCGACCCUCAAGCUCGGCGGCGUCUACCUCUACGCGAAUCAGCGCGGCUGCGAUGGCGAUCGCAUGUACUAUGACGGCUGUGCCUUGAUCGCGCUGAACGGCGAGAUCAUCGCGCAGGGCGACCAAUUUGGCCUCGAGGACGUCGAUGUCGUCACGGCGACCGUCGACCUCGACGAUGUGCGUGCGCACCGCACGUCCAAGAGCCGCGGUAUGCAGGCCGUCGCCCCGAGCCAGUGGGCAGGACACGCACAGCCCAUGCGCAUCUCCGUCCCCUCGCCACUGACGCACAAGCUGGAAGAUCGGCCGCACGCGCGGCUCUCGAUGCCCAUCGAAGUACGCUACCACACGCCCGAGGAGGAAAUCGCGCUCGGUCCUGCAUGCUGGCUGUGGGACUACGUGCGUCGCUCACGCACACAGGGCUUCUUGCUGCCCCUCUCCGGUGGCAUGGACUCGUGCGCCACGGCCGUGAUUGUGCACAGCAUGUGCCGGCUCGUGCAUGCGGCGUGCCAGCAGGGCAACGAGCAAGUCAUCACAGACAUGCACCGCGUCAGCGGUACACCCGAUACGUGGAUGCCUGCCUCGCCUCAGGCGUUGGCUGAGCGCCUGUUUGUGACGUGCUACAUGGGCACGACCAACUCGAGUCAGGCGACACGCGAUCGCGCGCAUCAGUUGGCCCAGGCCAUCGGCUCAUACCACUACGCCUUUGACAUUGACACCGUCGUCUCAGCCAUCCUGCGCCUCUUUUCCACUGUGACAGGCAGGAGCCCGCAAUUCAAAGUGCAUGGCGGCUCACCGGCUGAGAAUCUCGCGCUCCAAAACAUCCAGGCUCGCUCGCGCAUGGUGCUGGCGUACCUAUUUGCCCAACUGGCGCCCUGGGUCCAGGGGCGCAGUGGCGGCCUCCUGGUCCUAGGCAGUGCGAAUGUGGACGAGAGCUUGCGUGGCUACCUGACCAAGUAUGACAAUUCGUCCGCCGAUCUCAAUCCGAUUGGCAGCAUUUCCAAGCAGGAUUUGCGGCGCUUUCUGACGUAUGCUAGGACCGCUUUUGACCUGCCUGUGCUGUCGUCGUUUUUGGAAGCGCCACCGACGGCGGAGCUCGAGCCUAUCACAGCCGACUAUGUCCAGAGCGACGAAGCAGAUAUGGGCAUGACAUACGAAGAACUAUCCGUAUUGGGCCGACUGCGCAAACUGCAGAAAUGCGGGCCAUACAGCAUGUUCGUCAAGUUGCUGGCCAUAUGGCCGUCGCUGGCGCCGGACGCCCUGGCGGCCAAGGUCAAAUUGUUCUUCUUUGAGUAUGCCCGCAACAGGCACAAGAUGACGACGCUCACACCAGCGUACCAUGCUGAGUCGUACUCGCCUGACGACAACCGAUUCGAUUUGCGUCCCUUCUUGUACCCUGUGCACUUUGCAUACCAGUUCCGGCGUAUCUAUGAGCUGAUAGGUCGUCUGCGUCCAUAG